AUGGAGAAAGAGAUGGUGGCCACCCACCCCGAGUCCAGCGUCGAUGUCGACGUCGAAGUGGCCGAAGUUGUCAUUCCACCCAAAGAGCUUGACAGGCCUUUCCGCCUCUGGAGCUCGCUGGGGAUGCAGUUCUCGGUGUCGUCGACACCGCUGGCCAUCGGGACCUACCUGUCGUUCGUGAUUGGGAUCGGAGGCAGCCCUGUGUUCUUCUUCGGAUACCUGCUGGCCUGCGUCAUGGGAUUUUGCAUCUGUUUGUCGCUGGCGGAGAUUGCGGCCGUGUAUCCGCACGCAUCAGGCCAGAUCUAUUGGACGGCAACGCUGAUGCCCAAGAAAUACAGUCGGGGGCUGAGCUACGUGACGGGCUGGCUGGCAUGUUGUGGAUGGUUCUUCGGCACGGCGGGCUGCCUGCUGAUCACGUCGGAGCUGAUCUGGGCGCUGGUCAACGUCUGCCACUCGGCCUUCAUCAUCCAGCCGUGGCACUUCUACCUGGGAUACGUGGCGGCCGGCAUCUUCGGCCUCUCCAUGAACAUCCCCCUGUUCCGCAUUUACCCGCACAUGCUGAACAGCCUGGUGCUGCUGGUCAACGGCGGCGCGCUCUUCGUGCUUAUCGCGCUCCUGGUGCGGGCGCACCCCAAGCAGCCGGCCAGCUAUGUGUUCACCGACAUUGUCAACGCCACGGGCUGGUCGGGCAACGGCGUGGUCUUCUUCAUCGGCCUCUUGCCCGGCAUCACGGCGGUGACGGGCUUCGACACGGCGGCGCAUCUGACCGACGAGCUGCCCAACCCCAAGAAACAGGUGCCGCAGGUCAUGGUGGGCGGUGCCGUCAUCUGUGCCCUGUCCGGCAUCCCCAUGAUCCUCGUCUACAUGUUCUGCAUCGUGAAGCCGGACAACCUCCUCGCGCCCGUGGGCGGCCAACCCAUCAUCCAACUGAUGCUGGACUCGUUCGACUCGCUCGCCCUGACCAUCCUCGGCACCCUGGUCUUCAUCCUGGGCUUUGGCAGCACCUGCGCCACCGUCAUGACCGUGUGGACCCGUACCUGGUGGUCGUUCGCACGCGAAAACGGCGUCCCCUUCUCCGGCACCAUGUCGCGCAUCAACGAAUACUACCGCCUCCCCGUCAACACCAUCUGCUUCUGUUUCGGUCUGCUGUGCUGCCUGGGCCUGAUCGAACUUGGCUCCAGCACCGCUCUCAACGCCAUCCUUGGCGGCCUGAUCCUCUGUCUGUACUCGUCUUACUGUCUCGCCAUCCUCGGCCUGCUCAUCGGCCGCAGGAAGGCGUUGCGGAAAGACCACUACCUCAACCUGGGAAGGUUCGGUACCGUGGUCAACGUCGUUUCGGUCGGCUGGAUCCUCAUGAUGAUCGUCUGGCUGUCCUUCCCCCUGUACCUGCCUGUCACCUCGGAGUCGAUGAAUUAUGCCUCGGCCGUCUUUGCCGCCGUUUUGUUGUGCAGCACCGUCAACUGGUUCGUCUACUCGAGACACAUCUACAAAGCCCCUGUUGCCAUGUAUGAAGAUCAAGAGGAGGACCACGAGCACAAGAACGAGAAGGAGACACCGGCCGAGGAGGCUCGGAAACAGAGUGAAGAGGACACCGUCGCCAGCGUGGAGAAUUGA